GGUAAUCGUUGAUGUGUCAAACGUCAAUAACGUCAUUAUGGUUUUGAGUUGGGGCUGUAUGGUAAUAAACGUUCAGUGGUUCAAAACAUUGCGAAGUACUAACUUGUGGGUGGUUAGAAGUGAAAACUAUUUCAGUACGAAACCUAGGAAAAUGUUUAGUUGGCUCAAAAGGGACAGUCAUAAGAGCGAACGUUAUGGCAACGUCGUCGAAGGCCUUAAAAAUAUAUACUCAACUAAACUAUUACCCCUGGAACAAUGUUACAAUUUUCACGAUUUUCAUUCACCUCAGUUGGAAGAUUCCGAUUUCGAUGCUAAGCCUAUGAUACUAUUAGUUGGUCAGUAUUCUACUGGUAAAACAACAUUCAUUAAAUACCUAUUAGAAAGAGAUUUCCCUGGGAUAAGAAUAGGACCAGAACCAACAACAGACAGAUUUAUAGCAGUAAUGUACGAUGAGAAAGAGGGUAUGAUACCUGGAAAUGCUCUUGUUGUGGAUCCAAAACGUCAAUUUAGACCAUUAUCUAAAUUUGGAAACGCAUUUCUUAAUCGUCUCCAGUGUUCCUUAGUAGAUUCUCCAGUUUUACAGAAUAUAUCAAUUAUUGAUACUCCUGGCAUAUUAUCUGGAGAAAAGCAAAGAGUUGACAGGGGAUAUGAUUUUACUGGAGUUCUGGAAUGGUUUGCCGAGAGAGUAGAUAGGAUUAUUUUACUCUUUGAUGCUCAUAAACUAGACAUUUCUGAUGAAUUUCGUAGGUCUAUAGAAGCCUUACGGGGACAUGAUGACAAAAUUCGUAUUGUUCUCAACAAAGCAGAUAUGAUAGAUCAUCAACAGUUAAUGAGAGUUUAUGGUGCUCUUAUGUGGUCCUUGGGAAAAGUUCUACAAACACCUGAAGUUGCUAGAGUUUAUAUUGGAUCUUUCUGGGAUCAACCUUUGAGGUAUGACGUGAAUCGAAGAUUAUUCGAAGAUGAAGAACAAGAUUUAUUUAAAGAUCUUCAGUCAUUACCCCGCAAUGCUGCCUUAAGAAAAUUGAAUGAUUUGAUCAAAAGAGCAAGGUUAGCUAAGGUGCAUGCCUACAUCAUAUCAGAAUUAAGGAAAGAAAUGCCAUCUGUGUUUGGGAAAGAUUCAAAGAAGAAAGACUUAAUCAAGAACUUAGGUGCUAUUUAUGAUAGGAUUCAAAAAGAGCAUUUGAUAUCCCCUGGAGAUUUCCCAGAACUCAAGAAAAUGCAAGAAGUUCUAUACAAUAUGGAUUUCACAAAAUUCCAACCACUAAAGCCUAAACUCCUGGAAAUCGUGGAUCGAAUGUUGGCUGAUGAUAUCUCUACUCUUAUGGCACAAAUUCCUUUGGAGGAAACUAAUGAUGUAGAAGCCCGAGGGCCUGUUAAAGGGGGUGCUUUCAAUAAUGUUGAAGACACUGCAUCACCUUUCGGCUAUAAAAGGGGAGAGGGUAUUGAUGCUGGAGCUGGAGAAUUGGAUUGGAUUGUUGGUAGGAAACGACAUGAAUAUGAUGAAAUAUUCCAGAAGUUGUCUUCUGGUGAUGGAAAAGUCACUGGCAUGGCUGCCAAAGUGGAGAUGGUGAAAUCCAAGCUGCCCAACACCGUUCUCAGUAAAAUAUGGAAACUCGCCGAUAUAGACAAAGAUGGAAUGUUGGAUGCCGACGAAUUUGCUCUAGCCAUGCAUUUGAUCGAGGUCAAAGUUGAAGGAAACGACCUACCCCUGAAGUUGCCUGAUCAUCUCAUUCCACCCUCAAAACGUACCAACCCACCUGCUUAAUUCAGUAUUUUGAAAAUUUGUUUAUAUAUUCAGCAUAUCUUUUGAUAAUCGCAUACUCAUUUAAAAGACACGAGAAUUAAGCAUUUGUAUGGACAGUAAAACCCCAUUUUUCUCGAAAAACAGUGAUGUACAUCAGGAAUUUUUUUUUGUUCAUUCUCCAAACUUUUUUAUAAGUGAAGAGGUCAUUUCAGCCAUCACUGCUUUUCGAGAAUUGAUAUUUUUAUGAUGGCUUGCCUACUAGCGGCCGAGCUAGUUGGACCCAAUAAAUAAAUUAUAUUUAUUUUUACAUUUAUCGUAAUAUCAUUGUGAUAAAACCAGCACAUUAUUCUAAAGUAACACAAUUGAUGCCACUUUUGGAAAUUAUAUAUCAGCCUCAUUGAAUCAUCGAAAUAAUGGAUAUUAAUGAUAAGGAGAGACUGAAUAUUUUGAUAACUAAUAAUUCUAAAAAACUUUUAGAUUGUGUUCAUUCCAGAUGAUGAAAUUUGAAAACUAAGCAAUUAAUAUGCAGGCUGUAAACUUGUUGGAUCACUCAAUCCAUUAUUACGAUUUAUAGUCAAAAAUUAUAGGAAAUUCAACAUUAUUUCAUAUAAGUUUAUUAUUGUUAUUUAUAUUGUGAACCUAUUUAGAUGUGAAUCUAAGUCAGUUAUUGAUA